AUGGAUUCUCCUCCGAGAGGUGCCUCGGCUGUUCAUGGUCUUAAACCUUCACGGGUGAGUCUUUUUUGUUCAUUUCCACCUUGAAUCGUACGGUGAAAUUUUACAUUUUAACUUCGACAAUUUGCCCAGGUUUUGAUUGCAAUGAGCAUCGACCAGUGUUGAAGCCAUCCUGUUUGUGUAUUUCAUUGUAGAAUUCACACCUCAAAAUUGUGCGGGUAGUCGUUAUAGAAGCUAUUGAUCUAGCCAAGAAGGACAUUUUUGGACUGAGGUAUGAUAUAGAGCAGUGCUUUCGAUGAUUUCGCUAUUUGGGUUUGUUUUUUUAUUUGGGCAGGGAUAUUAAAAGCGUAAAGCGCUUUAAUAUAUGAUUGUACAUGUCACUUGAAGUUAAUAUUUUAUCACCAUGCAAGUUUAAUAUGAUCACUGUUGCGGCGCAAGAAAUGCGUGAAAUGUCACUGAUACGAAUCUUUAAACUUAAGCUUAAAUUGACCAUGAAUUUGGCACUCUUGGUGCGUUAUAAAAUAAUGAUAAACGUUUGCUUGCCAGUUAGAGUAAUGAUACUAAACGUUGCUCAUAUCAAUCAGAACUUUAAAUCCAGACGUGUACGUAUGGAGGGUAUCAUUUUUCCGUUUUUCAACGUUUGCUCUUAUCAUGUUCACUCUGCAAAUUUGAUCAAGCAAGUUAAGUUUAUCACUGAACUCCAACAAAUAGAGGAAAUAAUCUCACGCACUGAAUUUGUCAAAACUUGGCAAGGGUGGGGAGGGGGUAAAAAUCACUUAAGAGUAAAACUACAUGACAGAGUGAAACUACAUGUAAACUCUCCUUUUGUGGUUUAAGUUCCUUGAUGCUUUAUCAAUAUCAACAUUAGUAUUAAUAUUUCUGCUAAUAUAUUUCCUGUUUUUACUCUGUUCCUGCUGAGCACUACUGCAUGCAUAUAAAUAAUUCACGCCACUAGGCUGUCAGGCCACCGCCAUUGGAUUAUUAGUACGGCAUUGUGUUGUGAAAAUGAGGUUGUGAUUUUAUAUUGGGCAUUAUACCAUAAAAUUGAUUUUAAAAUUAAUUUUAUCUGUUACUUACCAAUUAUUGAAUGAGACUGUGAAGGAUGUGAAGAAUGUGCAGAUUAAGGAAGAUGUUAUUGGCAUCGGUGUGUAACAUCCUCUGAGAUCUGGAAAAUUCUUGACAGCAUACAAAAGCUGAAUUCAAUAAUCAUUUAAUUAUUCAUUCAAAAUUAUUCUACGAGCGAUUGCAUAAUACCCAGCUCACUAAAUGGUCUAUUGCCCCUGCACAACCUCAUUGGUGAAAUAUUUUGAAUGAAUAAUAAUACAACUUAUUCACUACAUCUUUCAAAGUAAGUAUGGUGAGCGCAGGCUGGUUCUGAAGAAUUAGCCAGGAUUUUGAACCAAUCAGAAGCGAAGAAAUACUUGAAAUAUGCAUAAUAUUAUCAUUUAUUGUCUCUUUUUAAUAGCGAUCCUUACUGCAAAAUAAAGUUAUUCAGAGGUGACAGGGACUAUGGUGAAAUAGAUUCUGUUGUGACAGAAACUAUCAAAAAGGUAAAUAAACUACUAUUAGUUUUAUUCAAGCAGUAGAUAUUUAUACAUUCAGAAGAAAACUAGCCAGCUUUUGUCAUGAGUUUUGAGAAACCAAGGACUCAAGAAAUUUAUGUAUUCCUCUGUAUUUAUAUUUACUGUGUAACAAAAUAGUUUUGAUGGCUUAUAGCCUGCUCAUUUCUUUAAGAAUAGACUAAAAUUGUGGGUGUGAUAAACUUCCCGUGAAGGGCUGUCAUUAGGGGCCAACCCGUAACACUUGUUUCGGCUGAGCUCAGUCAAUGUUAUGGCUGAUGGUUGCUGCAUAAAAUAAUAUUAUUUAAUAAGUAGGUUCAUGGACCAAGACAAAUCAAAAUUUAUUAAUAAACAAUUCCUUCAGAAAGAAAUAAUUAUUAUUGUUGCCCUGUGUCUUCUGUGUCCUUGAUUCUAAGACAUGUUUCAGUACAAACCAAACCUUUUCCCUUCGAAAGCCUUUUUCUGUUCGAUUGUUGCUUUUCCUGAUGCUAUUUUUAGCAGCAAACCUCAUUAAGCAAUGCGCAGUAUUUACUUUAAAUUGGAUUCUGCUGACUGACUUUCGCAGUACUGGUUUGCGUGCUCGUUGCUUGACCAAUUCCGUGUGGAUAGUUCACCUUUAUUUAUGGUUACGCCAUUAUGAUAGGAUCCCGCAUCAAGGCAACCUGAAAUUGAUGGUUUUUUUUCCAAAUCUCAAAUUGUGGACAGAAGGAAAUGCAGGAGCUGAUAAAGAAGCCUGUCCGCCAAGACCUGUGAACAUGGCUUCAGUUCCCUCAGCUGUACUUGUCCAGCUGGUCACUAUAACAGCAGUAGACACAAACAAAACCUAGUGGCAAAAAAAUUCCCUGAGUCCAUUGAUGGCAAUGGCUUUCAUUCUCUUUGCCACUGCAGGGAAAAAGAUGCUCUCUGAGAGAGCCAGCUUUUUCGUUAACAUGUGCAAUGCAAUUGACAACAGCUCCAAUUGUGAAAGUGAAGAUGACCAAUCCUUUAUGGUCUGAGACUCGGUUCUCAAAUCGGCAAUUAUGCACAUGUAGUGUCUUUGAGGGUUUUGUACAUAUACAGUGUACAAUGUAAUUUAAUUUAGCCAAUAAUGCAGAUUUUUACUAACUUUAAAAAUUAAUUUUGUCGUGAUUUAUGUAUAGGAUUUGCAUCCAACAUGGAACCAAGGAUUUUUCUUCAGGGUAAGAACAGAGUUAAUUCAUAUUAUUGAGUUUUAGCUAGAAUGGUUAUACAUGUUAUAUUUUCAGUGGUCAGUUACNCUUCAGUUCCCUCAGCUGUACUUGUCCAGCUGGUCACUAUAACAGCAGUAGACACAAACAAAACCUAGUGGCAAAAAAAUUCCCUGAGUCCAUUGAUGGCAAUGGCUUUCAUUCUCUUUGCCACUGCAGGGAAAAAGAUGCUCUCUGAGAGAGCCAGCUUUUUCGUUAACAUGUGCAAUGCAAUUGACAACAGCUCCAAUUGUGAAAGUGAAGAUGACCAAUCCUUUAUGGUCUGAGACUCGGUUCUCAAAUCGGCAAUUAUGCACAUGUAGUGUCUUUGAGGGUUUUGUACAUAUACAGUGUACAAUGUAAUUUAAUUUAGCCAAUAAUGCAGAUUUUUACUAACUUUAAAAAUUAAUUUUGUCGUGAUUUAUGUAUAGGAUUUGCAUCCAACAUGGAACCAAGGAUUUUUCUUCAGGGUAAGAACAGAGUUAAUUCAUAUUAUUGAGUUUUAGCUAGAAUGGUUAUACAUGUUAUAUUUUCAGUGGUCAGUUACCCAAUUUAUCCUUUGUUGCAACAAUCAAAAUAGUCUUUCUGAGAACCCUCUAAACCAACCUGCAGAAGUACAAUAAGCUCCAUCAAACUUGAUUAAAUUAUUACUGAAUAGAGCAUUGUUUAGAGAUAAUACGCAGUUAGGGUACAAAGAUGGAACAUGUACUAUAAUUUACCAAGGUUGACACAUUUGUCAUGAAUUGAACGGCAAGGAGGUUCUUUUGGUUCAAUGUUUGUGCUCACGAAGUACCCAGGGGAAAUCCCCGGCCCAGGCAACCACGCCAGUGUUGAGGAUAAAAAAGUCACAUCUGCAAAUUGAGUUUGUGCUGUCUCAAACUUCAUUGCUCUUAUGCCAUCCCUUUCAUUUUGUCAAAUGUUGGCAAAUUUUUCCUGGAGUGACAUUCUAAAGGAUUGUAUCCUAGUUCAGAUCCUCUAAAAACAUGAAAUUAGAAAAAUUCACUUCACAUUCGUGCAAUAAUGGGAGCUAAAUGUACAAAAAAAACAUGCUGCUCGUGCAAAGUUGUUGUUUUACUAAUCUAGACCUAUUGCUGUUUGCGGUUCUUGUUACUGUCCCCAUUGUGAUUGCUCAAAAGCUCCCUAAUGACAACCUUGGUUUACUACUGUAUGGGGCUAAGUAACAUAGAUUGCUACUGCUGGUAAUGUACAAGCCCAUCUGAUAGGGUGAGAUAAAAAAUCAGAAAUUGUGCGAUAAGAUAGGACUAUUAUGCGAUAAAUUAUGCAAUUUAAAUUCAGGGCUAAUUAACAUUGUUUUACCAGGUUUCAAAGGAGAAAAAUCACUUUAAUGUUGUUCAACAGGCAGUUUGAAUGUAAAGGAAUAAUAAAACAUCUAUUUUAAAACAAAAUAGUCCAAUUUUUCCAAUUUUUUUGACCCGGAAAAUAGAAAGAAAGAAAAAGGACACUUGUUUAAUAUUACAUGAUGCCAUUACACCGCUGACCACACUGUUUGCCUCUGAAAUCAAAAGACUGCCCAGAUACCGCGAUCGAAAGCGAUCAAAGGUUUCAGAUGUCUUGCAAGGCUUUCUGUAGUGGUAAAUCACCUUACAUAACAUUAAGUUCGGGAAAAUGUUUGAUUAAAGUUAGAAUUUAUAUAUUUACUUUAUUUGAAUUUAGCAUUUUUUUACAAAUUAUGUGAUUUUCCUCAAAUUGUGCAAUCGGAUGCAAUUUGAGGUCAAUUGUGCGAAAUCGCACCAUCGCGUAAUAUCAGAUGGCCUGAUGUGCAUUGGAUUUGACAACAGUAGGUCAUAUUUAAUUUGGCCUCUAAGAAUUAUUACAUUGUAAGCAAUGUUAAAGUUUCACUGAAAUUCUACUUUCUUCUUUUGAAACUUGACCCUCACAAUUGUUGAAAUUCAUAUUACAGUAUAAUCAAGGCUUGAGUUUUGAGUCAUGGUUGUAUUUCUGCUGCAAGAGGCACGAUUUAUUAUGUAGCCAUAGCGACGGUGAUCUUUUCACGUGUGGAAAUGGUGAAGUUAUCAUGUUUUCAUGCGAAAGUUCACCGUAUUUCAUUGGUGUUUAUAUCAUAAAUUAUUAGCAUUUUUGAUUUAUAAUUAAUAUUUUUAACCCCUCAAGAAAAAAAGCAAUAGCAAGUUUAAUUUUGUAUGCACUUCAGAUCACUCACUCAAAGAUCUGUUGACAUUUCCUUGUCAAUUGUUUUAAUAAAUUUAAUAAGACAGGUCUGUCUGCAAGAGUUAUUAAUUUUUUCUUUAACUUAAAAGACGUAAGGUUUCACCUUAUUUCUUUUCCUUUCUUUCCCCCUUUUUUUCUUUCUUUUUCUUUAAUUUUACAGGUGAACCCAAGAGACAACAGAAUCUUAUUUGAAGUAUUUGAUGAGAAUAGGCUGGUAAGUACAGGUGUUAGACGUUAGACAUAUUGUUACGACUGAGUAUAAAAAUUAUCAGAAACUCUUUUUUUUGUUAUGGUGUGCAUUAUAAUUUAUGCCCUGUUUUUUUUAUCCUUUAGACCUUAAAUAUUUUACUACAGCUGUAUCUGCUAUAGUUGCACUGUAAAGACAUUGUCAGUAGAUCUUCUGUUUGAAUUAUUUUACAGAUAACCAACAAUGUAUUUUCACAAAACCACAUUCUUUAAUAUAAUGCAAAAUAAUUUAAGUACUCUCCACAGCAAUGUUUGUGCAGCAUUGCUGUAGUAGUCUCUUGUUUUUUUUACAUUACUGAACUAUGUGAUUGUUUGCUUUUAGACAAGAGAUGACUUUCUUGGUGAAGUGGAAUUACCACUUUCUCAGUUACCUGUAAGUAGUGUUGUAUGAGAUGACAUGUGGAUCUUUGGAGAAACUUUAAUUUAGAUGUAUGCUAACAACUCUGAUUUACAUGAGAAAUGUAAAUUUAAAGUGAGGGUCAAAUUCCCAUAUGCUGCUAACAAAUAUUCACAUAAAGUUACAGCCUUCAGAAUAAUGGUCUUUUAAAAAGAAAAAAAACAUGAUGGCAUUAAGAUAUCAUGUUAGAAUACUCAUGUCUUGAAGAAGCCAGGAAGGCACUGUAACAUUUUUCGCAGAAGUGCCUCCCUGCACGUUACCCCCCCCCCUCCCCCCCCCCCAACUUACCCUGUAAGAAUUCACCUUGUAUGGGCAUAAACUCAAUGAAAACAUGUACUCUAGACUGAGUCAAGAUGGCCAGUUAGUGCUCUCAACACUACCCUGCCACCGUCCUAGAAUCGGUGAUUCCACAAAAUAUCAGCUCCCUGCCACUGGUCUCAUUUCUGUAGGUCAUGCCACCCUGGCCAUUUCUAAUUCCUAAUUAAUGCUCAACCCUCCAUUGCCUUCCUUACUCUCACUCCCCACCCAUCCCCUCAGAAUUCCAAGAUGCUGCCUUUGGUAGGGUAUAUCACCCUAUAAUGGUGGACUUAGUACAAAAAAAGUUAUUAGAAUGAUAUCAUUAGAGGGUUGAAUAUUGAUGCCAUUACCACGUCUGGGGAAAAACGACUUGUCGGCUUACCCUUACUCGUAGGCAGAAAAAGUCCUUUGGUCCAUAUUGUAAACUACUGCUUUUAAGCCCCCCAGUCUUAGGCCCGUGUACCUGUAAACCAAGAAUACAUCGGUUAUAAGCCUCCCUCCCCCCCCUCCAACUUGUAUUGAAACGUGAGUAAAUUCAAAGAGUAUUUUUAUCAGCACUGCUUCAUGUAUGUAGCUUGUUUUGAAAAGUUUUUUCUAGUGUUCAGUUAUAACCCCCCCUUCCCCAGAUACACACUGUAAGCCCCCUGUUUAUACAGUAGCCCUCCUAAAACCGCUUAUGAAAUUGUAGAAGCCCAGUGCUUAUAUGAGCCUAAGUUACGGUACUGUAAUAGGUAAUAACGAGCUAUACUGAAACGUUGAGCAAUGAUAUGUUUACAGCAAAAAGCCUUGCUUAAUAGUCCUUAAUACUCUUGUCUUAUCUUAUCUCAUCUCUUAGUUGAGUUGCCUUCAUUUAACAGUUGUGAUAUAAUUUUUGUUUUAGACUGAAAGACCAAAUACAUAUAUACGACCAGCAUGCUAUAACUUGAAGCCCAGAAGGUAUUGUGAAUACUUUGAUAUAGAUCUUCAGUUUCUUUGCCUUAUUCAAAAUAAUUUAAUUGAUAAUAACACUUACAUGUACAUGUACUGCUGACAUUUAUCUGAACGUGGCAGUGUCCAACUAGAAAUCUCUUUCUACUUUUGGUACUGCACAGAUAUGUACAUUACCUUGUACGUUGUUUCACUUUAGGCUGGUGUAUUGACAUGUUAUUUAUUUUUUUGUUUCACAUUUUGUAGUAGUAAAUCAAGAGUCAAGGGCAAUUUAAAACUGCAAUUGUCAUAUCUUCCACCCGAGGAAAACUCUCAAGCAUCGACCCCCCGUAAGAGCAUACUGUAUAUCUUAGAAAAAAAAUGUUGCUGCUAACAUAGUUUGUGCUUGCUUUUAUUACUAACAUGAAUCUAGUUUGGUUGCCUUAGCUCCUGCAAGUCUACUUGUUUACUAACCUUACUUCAUUAUUUAUGUAUAAUAUAAUUUUCUGCAGUAAGAAUCCAAUAAUAAUGAGAUGCCUGAUUUGAGCAAUAUAAACUGCAUGAUAGAGCAAAGUGGUAGUAAACACAAGGCAGGCUGUUUAUUUUAAUUUAUAGAAGUGAGGAGAGUGAGAGAGUCUGGUGAAGAAUUUAACCUUAGCAUUGUUGAAAACCAUUAUUCAGCUCCUUCAGCACCACCCAUUCAGAUUGAUCAGCCAUCACCCAGUGCUCCUUCUCUGCCGACAUCUGAUGAAGCGUACUCUUUGUCUCCAAUA